UAUCUCCUGAUUUUGAAUUGCUCCGAGGAUUUUAAAAAGGAUUUAACCGGACUAAAAUGAAGGCGUGGCAACGCUGCUGUGUACAGAUGUGAAGUUAUCCACAAAAUAUUUCUGAGUGCACGUCACCUUAAAAUUUUUGAAAAUUAUGUUUAUUCUGUACAUUUUUUUAUUUUGUUUCGUGCAUUCUAUUGUUGCUUGGGAUUCUGAACAGUUAGAAGUAUUUGAUGCCGUAGACGAAGUUAAACAAAAUUUUUAUCAAUUAUUGAAUGUUUCAAAGGAUGCCACCAAUUCUGAGAUUAAAUCUGCCUUCAGGGCUCUUUCUCUCAAGCUGCACCCUGAUAAGAAUAAAGAAGUGGAUACAUCAGAGCAAUUUCGUAACUUAGUUUCAGUUUAUGAAGUACUUCGCAGUACAACUAAGCGAAAAUAUUAUGAUGAGGUUCUUAUCAAGGGAUUGCCAAACUGGCGUUCAGGACUGUUCUACUACAGAUUUGUCCGAAAAAUGGGUAUUACAGAAGUCAUUGCCAUUUUAUUUGUUAUUAUUUCAAUAGGGCAAUAUCUGGUGAAUUGGGGAGUGUAUUUGGAAAAACAUUUGACAAUUCAAGACAGAAAAAAGAAACCGGGAAGACGAGGAAAAGUAGAAGAACCUGAAAUAGUGAUACCUAAACCUUCCCUUCUUGAUACACUUCCCAUUCAAAUACCUCGGCUUCUAUGGUACAUGAUAAUAUCUCUUCCGGCUGCUUUUGGAUUUAUCAAAACUGCAGUAGAGCAAAAGAUUGAAGAAGUCAAAAGAGUUCCAACUCCAGAACCUGAAGAACCAGUUAGAAUAAAAACUGUGAGGAAGCGCAAUAAGUUUGUUGUCCCGGAAGGACCCAAUUUUGAAAUUCAGUCGAAUGCUACUAAUAAAACCACUUAUGAAUCUUCUACCGUGGCUCCUCCUGUUUCAGGAGGCUUGUGGACAGAUGAUGAUUUGGCAGAACUUAUACGCUUAGUAAAUAAAUUUCCUCAGGGCUCCCCUAGAAGGUGGGAAAAAAUAGCCGAGGCAUUAGGUCGAUCGGUACCUGAAGUAACGUAUAUGUCUAAUAAAAUGAAAGAAAAUGCAUAUAGGUUACCCUCGGAACAAGAAGAAGUGCAAGAAGUAAAAGUUAAACAGAAAACAAAGAAGGAAAUCGAUCUUGGGGAUGGGGUUCUGAAGUGGGGUCAGGACCAGCAGAAAGCUCUAGAAGAUGCUCUUCUCAAGUUUCCUAAGGGAUGUACUGAUAGGUGGGAUAGGAUAGCGGAACAUGUUUCAGGAAAAUCAAAAGAGGAGUGCAUGAUGAGGUUUAGGUACCUUGCUGAGGAUCUGAAGAAACGGAAAUCUGACAAGACUGAAAGUAAUGAUAUACCAAAUAAACCAAUUGAUGAGGCUACUUAAAUAUUGAGAUUCGUUGAAAAUUUACCAGUGCAGUUGGGUACAGAAAAACAUUAAAAUAUACUAUGUU